AUGCACUACAAGCUUAGCCAUAUUGAAGGCCCGCCUCGAGGCAACUUUUUUUUGGGUAAUUUGCUCGAGAUUCGCAGGAGAAGGCUUAUUGAUGGCAACAAUAUACAUCAAACAUUGGCCGACUGGUCGAUUGAAUAUCGCCCUAUGUUUGUCAUAUGGUUCUUUCAUGUCCCUCUAAUCGUCAUCAGCGACGCCGAUAUUGCUCGUCAGGUGCUUGUCGUUAAGAAUCUACCUAAGGAUCAUUUUGGUUAUAAGAGAUUUCAAUAUGUAUACGGACAACGAUUCCUUGGAAGUGGCCUUUUCUCGGACUUGAAUCGUCUCACUUGGGAGACGAAGCGACGUACGUUUACACCGUUGUUCCAUCGAAACAAGCUGUUCGAUGGGUUUCCAACAUUAAAUUCCUGCUGCGAUAAUUUCCUCAGCAGGCUGGAAAAGUAUGCCGACGGAAAAACCGAGAUCUCCCUAGCUGACGAAUUCUUGCUGGUAACUUUGGAGACUAUUCUAAAG